GACAGUCAGAAUGCCGCGACAAAGUUUCGUCCGUAAACAAGAAAUAACUGGUUACAUUCAAUCAGACGGUGACAUCCAGGACGAUGAUGUCGAAAAGGAAGAUGAAGAAGAGGAAAUGCAGCCUGAAUUUCUGGACACGAAGGAGAUGGACUGUGUCUCAUCUGGAGGAAAAAUGUUUAAAUUCUCUGUGCCACCGUCAAAAGAAGUAUCAUUUAUCAUGGCUGGUAAUAAGAUGUGCCGGGUCAUGGGCCGUUUCCACCUUUGUGAUCCCUGGUGGAAGGUAACCUGCACAGUUAAACGUGGCAGGUGCAAGUUUUUUCCCCUCCCUUUCAGCUAUCCCUCCUACAGCCUCCGCACCGAUCUGAGUUCAAAGGACCGGUCACUGGUGUCUCUUUUUCUUAAAGAGUGCGGGGCACAACCUGUAUUUGUUACCGAGUUUAUGAAUUGGUUGCCCAAUGACAGAAAUGUGGAGCUUGUCAAAGUGCUGGACGCCCUGCAGGAGUUUGAAGAUUCAUCACUUGAGAAUAAAGCUGUGGCUGAACAGCUCAAGUCAAGUGUCAAAAACUCAGUCGCUUGGACACACGUGAGAGUUGCCAGCUUGUACCCUCAAAUCAUGAAAUACUUGCCAACAUUGCUGCCAGGCCAGUUUAUGGAUAUAAUAAGCAAUGGAAAGAUGAAAAACACAGCGGAAAACACUGAAGAAACUCCACAGCAGCAGAUUAACACAAGUUUAUUGUCUAAUCUUGAGGAGUUAAUCAAGACUGAUGUUUGGAAGUUGGGCUUCAACUAUAUCAUGUUUAAAGAGUUUCGUAUGAUCAGAUGUGAAGCAAAACUGGAGGCCUUCAAGUGCUUUGAUUGCUUGUUCAGAAGAAUCCCUGAGGUACAGCAAAAUGCCUUGCUGUUGUAUGCAGAUCUGAAAGAAUACUGCAGAAACACUGGCAGCACGUACAUUGAACAUAAGAUGCUGCUGGAGAAGUGGAAAAAUACAUUUGAGGGGGCCAUGUUUCUUCAGGAGCAAGGGGUGCUGGUGAAGGAGAACAACAAGGUGUCACUUCACAACCACUUCACAGACGAAAAAGGCAUUGCAGAAUGCUUGAGGGGCCUGGUUGAGGGAGAACCCUGGAAAAUCCACUUGGAUGUGAGAAAGGUUCUUCGAAGAGCUGCGAUGAAGAGAUUAUGGGGAAAGGCUUGUGAUGCAAGAACAUCGGCCUCUGAAAAAAAUGACUUGGAGCAGGAAGAAGAUGAUGCUCAGGCUGGUUCCUCAAAUAUGGACCACAAUGGAGGAAUGGUAACCCGUUGCGAUUCUCCUCAGUCCUUUGACGUUUUUGAGGCCACCACCAUAAAAGAGGAAGACUCAGAUUCUGACUCUGACUCAAAUGACCCCACCUAUUCAGACAUUGAUUCCUCAUUGGACCCCGAUCAGGUGCGAGCAGCAGAAAUGAUGUGUGCCAACCCGGUGACAGUGAUCAGUGGGAAGGGAGGUUGUGGGAAAACCACAGUAGUCAGCCUGGUGUUUAAGGCGGCCAUGCAGAAACAGACCAGCAACAGAGACACUGAAGACAAGCCUCCUGUGGAGGUUCUCCUCACUGCUCCUACAGGGAGAGCUGCUUCGCUUCUUACUAAAAGAACCGGUUUCACUGCUUAUACUAUGCACCAGAUUUUAUGGAGUUUCAAAAAGACAAAAAAAGAUCCCAGUGGAAAUUCUCAGGAUUGGAAGUUCUCGCAGGUGCGGGUGCUGGUGGUCGAUGAAGGGAGCCUGGUGUCUGUUCAGAUCCUUCACUCCGUUCUCAGCAUGCUUACCAAACAUGCAAAAUUCCAGAAGUUCAUCUUUUUGGGAGAUGUGAGGCAGCUGCCCAGCAUUGAGCCUGGAAACGCACUGUACGAUCUGUUUGAAGGCCUCAAGAUUGUCCAUUGGACAAUUGAGAUGAAGACCAACCAUCGUGCCGAGUCUGAGCUCAUCAUCAGAAACGCUGGACUCAUCUCAGAGAUGGGUAAGAAAAGGCGUUACAGCUCUCUGGAGUUUGAUGCCACCAUAAAUAUGAAAAAUCCCUCCACAGUUCCAUCUGACAAAAGGUUCAUUUUUGUCAAAAUCAGUGAUAAAAAGGAUGCUCUCCAGGAAGCCAUUCAAUUCUUACUCAAGGAUGCUCCUGGACUCAAAGACCAUAAAUCAUCACAGAUUGUGGCAUUUUUGAGGAAGGACUGCCAGUUGAUCAAUGAGCUUUGUUGCACCCAUUAUUCAGAUCAUGAUGCGAAGACUCAUGAAAAUAAAAUAUGCUUUCAAGUGGGAGAUAAAGUUUGCUGCACAAAGAAUGGCUACAUCUCUGGCAAAGAUGAGGGAAAAAAGCUAGAAGAUCCUGUCCGUGCUACUGCUGGAACAUCCUGUUUAAAUGUUGGAGAUUCCCAAGAUAUUCCUAGAAGCCAACGAAAAAAAGAACAGAUGACAGUGAAAAAUGAAAGAAUGUGCAACGGUGAAAUUUUCUUCAUUAAAAAGGAUGUGACUGAGAUAGAUAUGGGAGCAAGAAGCAAAACAAUACGCUAUCUGACACUAGAUGAUGAAAACGGGCAUGUGGUAACUUCUAACCACAGUGAGCUACAGCGAGAAUGUAAAUUGCGUCAUGCUUGGGCAAGAACCAUUCACACCUUUCAGGGCUCAGAGGCGGAAACUAUUGUGUAUGUUCUCAGAAAUAACUUUGCUGAAAACUGGCAGCAUGUAUACACUGCAGUGACACGCGGUCAGAAGCGUGUGUAUGUAGUGGGUACAGAGCGUGACCUAGAAGGAGCCAUCAAGAAAUGGAUCCCCCCUCGAAACACACGAUUGUGUGGCCUUCUCAAGGCGAUAGUUGCCCAACAAGGUCUCGAAGCCUCAAAGCGGCAUGCUGAAUCAGACCCAUGCACUACACCGAGCAAACUUGUAAAAGUAACAGAGUAACAAAUCUGUAAAUUAUCAAAAAUACAUGAUAUUGUAUUUAACUUUCUAUGACAUAAUCUUUCUCUAGCAAACCUCUUCAGAAGAGUCUGCGCUAGCUCAAGCCCCAAAUCUCACAGCAAGGAGCUUCCCUGAGAAAAUUCAUUUUCAUAUCUCAACUUGAUUUACUCCAAAAAGAAACAAAAAUCUGAGCUUAAAUACAAUAGCAUUCAUUUUAGUAUUGUCAGUGGAUACAUUUUAUGUUUAUUGUUCAUCUACAAUGCAGCUAAAAAGGGUGGUGUUAUCAAUAAAAAUUUGAGACCACACUGAUUCAACUGAUUCAAAAUUUAAUUUAAACCUAGAAAUACACAAAAAGUUUCAGGGUUUUGAAAAACUCUAAAACAAAGAAACAUGCUGUAAAUUGAAUAGGAACUACCUAAGAUUCAAUGCUAUUUUUAGGUCAGUAAUCAUAUAAUCAAUUUUCUUUUUAUUAUUGUUAAUGUUCUACAAUUAUUAGAUAGCAUGAGCAAUGCAAUGUUCCAAAUAUUAAUCAUGCAAUCAAUGUGCUUUCUAUAUAUAUAAUAAUAUAUAUAUAUAUAUUUUUUCAAAAGUUUGAAUUAUGCCUUAUUUUCUUUUUGUUAUUAUAUAAAUCAAGGAAAUAUUCAUGUAUUUGUUCUCAGGUAGGCUAUAUGAGUCUUCCUGCUUGUGAUUUUUGUUAAUAUUAUUUUAAUGUUCCAAAUAUUAAUCAUGUAGUCAAAAUAUUUUCUGUUUUUUUUUUUUUUUUCUAAAGCUUGAAUUACGCCUUUUCUUUUUUAUUAUUAUACAAACCAAGAAUAGAAAUAUUACAAUAUCAUGUAUUCGGACCAUUCUCACUUCUGCAUCCUCUAUUCUACCUUUUGACUGUCGAAAUUAUAGUUUUUUGAUGGCAUUUUUUUGUUUGUUAUUACUUUAAGCAUGGAGCAAAUAUGUGCAUGUCUAGCAUUUCAAUACAAUUAUCAAUAAUGAUUAAAAUGAAUAAAGAAUUAAAAAUCA